AUGCCUAAAAUUACAGUAAUUAGUAAGGUAGUAACUACUGAUUUGCAGUUGGAAGUCCAUCAAGUGAUGAAACGUAAACAUCAAAAGGUUAAAAAUCCAAGGCGAAAUAAGCUUCGUUUUCAUAUCAAGAAUCUAAUCUCUGAAAUUAAAUCAGAUGAUUCAAAAAUCGUAUGCAAUGCUGCACGGAAUAUUCGUUUCUUAAGUAUCAAAGAACGCUGGAGAACAAAAUUCUUUAUACAAUCAGAUAUCCUUUCAAAAUUAGUACGGCUAUUAGAAGAUCAAAGUGAUCGUAUAGUCGAACGUACUACUGCUAUACUAUCUGUCAUAACUUCUGGGAAAGCAUCUGAAAUAAAAGCGAUUGUAGUGACUGGUGCAUUAGUGCCGCUCAUAAAAUGCAUCAAAAACGAUAAUAUUAACAUGAAGACAAAUUUCAUUUUGCACAUCAAUAGGUUAAUUGAGGUAGCUAAAGAUUCAAAACUACAAGAUUGCGCAUUAUGGACUUUUCAGAAUCUUCAGUUAUAUACGCGCCCGCCGUCGAAUAUAACUAUUGUUAGUAUUCCAAUUAUGAAUAUUAUGCUCAAGACUAUGCUUAAAUGCUCCCUCUUACUCGGAAUUGCAUCGACUUUAGAAAUUACAGAUUCAGAAAACAGCCAUAAUAAUUAUCGAGAAUUUUGCAGUACAAUUGCUAAGAUAUUAGGGGGCAGUUUUGAUCAAAUGGGAAUUGCUAUAAGUGAAGGACUAAUAUCAUGGAUAUUAGAUAUGGCUGACGAAGAUAAUGAUCCAGAAUUUAAUGAGUAUGUAGUGUUAGCCAUUGUUAAUGCUGCCUUACGUGCUAGUGAUGAACAAAUUUGGUAA